AUGAUGCAUCUUAAAAAUGGUGAUCCAGAACCGUUUGUUGAUCCAACUAGAUAUACGUUAUUUGCCUUUCGUUUUUGUCCAUUCUGUGUACGUGUUAAAUUGAUCUUAAGUUUCCAUAAAAUUGACUAUGAUUUAAUUCAAGUCUCACUUAAUGAUAAACCAGAUUGGUUAAUGAAAUAUUCGCCGUUGGGUAAAGUUCCACUACUUAUAAAUCAAGGUGAUAAACUUCUUGAGUCUGAUUUAAUUAUGCGAUUUGUGGAUGAAUUACAUGGAGAGAAAACUUCAUUGAUGAGUAUAUGUGGUGUAGAGAAAUUUCAAAAUGCGGCUGAAUUAGCUAAAAAGUUUUUCAGUCCUGGAUAUUCUAUAUUAUAUGGAGUGACCUUUAGUGAAUUGGAUGUAGUGAAAUUCCGUGAAGCUUGUUCUGAAUUGGAUAAUUCAAUCAAUAGUAAAUAUUUUGCCGGAGAUCAAUUGAGUUUGGCUGAUUUGAUCCUCUUCCCUAUGAUUGAUUACUUUGAAAUCAUUUUGGGCAUUAUUCAUCAUAUAAAUUAUGAUCAAAUUUAUGAAAUGAAAAUAAAUGAUAAAUUAUAUAAUGAAGCUAAAACAUGGUCAAAUCUACUCAAUUAUUUAAUUACAAUGAGACAAGAAUCUUUUGUAUCUGAUAUACGAAUAUCGACUAAUAUUACAGCAAAAUUUAUUGCUUCUAAACGAUCUGGUUUAUCAAAUCCUGACAUUCAAAGACAUCCACUGCGGAAUUUCAAACAGAUUGUAAAAAUGUUACGACUGGCACUAUUGCAAAUGUUCGUGGGUGCAGAUAAGACUGCCAAUAUAAAACGUGCUUCUGAAUUAAUUAGUCGAGCUGUAUCUGAGCAUUCACCUCACCUUGUAUGUCUUCCGGAAUGCUUUACCUCCCCUAUUGGUGCAAAAUAUUUUGGACCCUAUGCAGAAACUGUUCCAAACGGUCCGUCAUGCCAAAUGCUAUCAGAUGCUGCUAAAUCUCAUAAAAUAUGGCUUGUCGGUGGUUCUAUCCCUGAACGUGGACCUGAUGGCAAGUUAUAUAACUGUUGUGCAACAUAUAAUCCAGAUGGUGAACUAGUUGGCUUAUAUCGUAAAUUACACUUGUUCGAUAUUGAUAUACCAGGUCAGUUUACAUUUAAAGAAUCAGCUUCACUUAGUUCUGGUAAAGAGACAUUCUCUUUUGAGAUACCUUUAAAAAAUGCCGAGAAUAAAAUUUCAGUAAUACGAGUUGGAAUUGGUAUAUGUUAUGAUAUUCGUUUUCCGGAACUAUCACUUCUUUAUGCUAAUCAAUUAGGAUGUCAAUUACUUUUAUUCCCUGCUGCAUUCAAUCCUAAAACUGGAUCUUUACAUUGGGAAUUAUUGGGUAGAGCACGUGCUUUAGACACACAAUGUUAUGUUGGAAUGUGUAGUCCAGCUUGUAAUCUAGAAUUAGACUAUAUAAGUCAUGCUGAAUCAUUGAUCACUUCACCAUGGGGUAUAGUUAUAGCUAAAGGCGGUAAAGAGGAGGAAAUCAUAACAGCUGAUUUAGACUUUUCUGAAUUGAAAUGCGUUCGUGAAAGUAUUCCAAUUGGUCGACAACGGCGUUUAGAUAUUUAUACUACACCGAAAUUAGUUAAAAAACAAUCAUAAACAUAUUUGUCUCUUAUUUAUCGAUUACAUUCUUUGUGAUAUAUUAUUUGACUGUUGAUCAUUAUACACUUUAUAAACUUGAUUAAAUUCUGUAUUACACAUUACUUUUGUCUAUUAACAAAAAAUAUUCUCGAGUGAUAUUUUGACUUCAGUUGUUUAUCCUAUUCUGUGUAAUCCAUUGGUCAGUCAUAAUAACCUGAUGAUGAUAAAGUCGAUUAUGAGUCA